AUGCCUGGUGGUUGGUCCCCAGAGACUGUGGAGAGAGCAAAGAAAGCUCGUCUUCCUGAGCGCAUCAAGUGCUCCGGAUGUCGAGUUCCUCUCCCGCAGUCUGCAUUUUCUGAGUCGCAACUUACCCGCUUGAGAAGCAAGAUCGCGAUGCAGGGGCAGAUAGCAAUCUCGCGACAUCUCAUCCGUUGUAAAAGUUGCACUGGAGCUGGCGUGCCAACUGAUAUUACUUGUGCUCGUUGCCGAAUUGCAAAGCCUCUUGACGCUUACACCAAAGCUCAGCGUCGGGACACCGAUAGAGCUACUUGCAAAAACUGCGUUUCGGAGCUUAUGACGUCGGAGACUUGGAAAGAUGUCGAGGAAAAUGAAAAUCUCGCCCAGGCUGCAGAUGUUACUGAUGCUGCUUCGUCUGUUAUGGAGAGUACUGUCGGUGGUGUGCCGUUGCCAUCGUCUACAGACACCGCCAGGAUGCCUUCAAGCGUCUCCCGGCGUUCCCUCAACACAUGCGCCGAAGACUACGAGUCUAUUGCUGGUGGCGUAUGGCUUGAAGAUGAUGAGCCAGCUGUAGUACCUAUCCCUGUGGAAUCCCACGCUCCAAGCCAAUCCGUCAAUUUCUCUGGCUGGAACGUUUCCAGCUCAACCUUUACUGAGGUUAGAAGAGAACGCCGAGUAUCUCCUAGCGAAAGUGUCAGCACGCGAGGCAGUAAGGGUUGGGCCAAGGUAAAGUCUCAUGACCCCCAUCGAAAUGCCCGUAUCAUGCGCAUUUCGGACCCGACGACCAAGCCGGUGAAUGAGGAGAGUAACGACUCCUCUCGCACGAUCUCUGGAACUACGCUUAAGAAGAAGGUCCGUGAGGAGAUGGGCGAAGCUUCUCAACAGUUUUCUUAA